ACCACCAGGGUCCAAAAAGUACUCCUGGAAAUGCCCAAAACUCCCACUGAAGCCUUGUCAAAUAGGUGAUCUAGGGCGCCGAAAUGUUCCCUACGUCCCUAGGCUCAAGGACCAAUGGGACGGAUAUUGACUGAUCACCGCGGCCACGUGCAGCUGUAAUAGGUGGGCCCAGUGACCGCCACGUCGGACCCGGAGGUGUUCCAGCAGGCCCUCAAGGAUUCCUUCAUACACAGCGGCGGCGACUGCCCGGAGAUGGCCAUCAAGGCGAUCAAGAUGGCCCUGGAGAUCAGCCUGCCGGCCUCCUACAUCUAUGUCUUCACCGACGCCCGGGCCAAGGACUACUACCUGCUGGAGGAUGUGUUGCAGCUCAUCCAGAAGAAGCAGUCGCAGGUGGUGUUCGUCAUGACCGGCGACUGCGGCAACCACACCCACCCCGGCUACCAGGCCUUCGAGGACAUCGCCUCCACUUCAGCCGGGCAGAUCUUCCACCUGGACAAGAGUAAUGUGAAGGAGGUGCUGAACUUUGUCCGAGUGUCGCUUGAGUCUCACCGCGUCAACCUCCUCUCCCUGGACCAUGGUGAGCACGGCCCGGGCGAGGAGAGCCUGCCCCUGCUGGUGGAUAACACCCUCAAGGAGUUCACCAUCUCAGUGUCGGGGGAGAAGCCAAAGAUACAGAUCUAUGGACCAUCAGGUGAAGACGUAAGGGAGGAGGAGAAUGUGGAGGACCUCCUCAGCCUGGAGAAUGUCAAGAUUGUCGGGGUGAAGGAGCCGUCACCAGGCCGCUACAACAUCUCCGUGGGCAGUGACAGCAAGUUCACGGUGCGCGCCACGGGCCUCUCCUCGCUUAAGUUUGAUCACGGCUUCUCCCUGCAUCCCACAGCAGACUUUAAGGAGACCUACCACAGACCCAUGAAAGGUGAAACGUCCUAUGUUGUCGUGCGGCCGCAGGACGUGACAGAGUUUGGGGACUUGUACCGGCUGCAGUUCAUCUCUCUGGACGGCGACAUUCUCGAAGACCUGCCUCUGAGCCGCCUGCCCGGGCCGCUCCCUGUCUACAACGGCACGGCUUUCCCCACGCCAGACCAGCCGUUCAAUCUCAAGGUUUUUGGACGUGACAAACAAGGGUACCAGUUUGAGAGGAUUUCCCCGACUGCCUUAUCAUCUCAGCCGCCAUCACCGCCAGAAGUGAGCUCCAUGGAUGAUGUGGCGGGCUACAGCGGGCAGCCGGCGGUGAUCAGCUGCCACGUGCAGACCCUGGUGCCCUUCACCCUGGCCUGGCAGAAGGACGGGGCAGACCUGGGCACCAUACAGAGGUUCCCGCAGUCAUCAGAGGUGCACUACAUGGUGGACUCCCCCGGCCGGGAGGACGAAGGCUACUACACCUGCGUGGCCACCAGCAGCGCCGGGACGGGAUCCUCGACUGUGUUCCUGGAUGUCAAGGAGCCGCCGCCGCAGGUCCAGGCCCCGAGCAAUGUUACGAUGCUGCCCUCACGCCCCGCCGUCCUCACCUGCCACACCUCCUCCACGGUGCCCUACAACAUCACCUGGUCACGCUACGUCAUCAAAGGCCAAGUCCAGGAUUUCUUCGGAAGAACAGAAACAAUUGGUGAUUUCGUGAGCGUGGAUGAGCUGGAAGGCUACCAGGUCAUGGGCAACAACUCCCUCAUGCUCCUCUACCCCAGCGGCCAGGACGAGGGCUGGUACAGGUGCUCUGCUGCCAAUGAAGGGGGACAGCAGUCAAGAGAGAUCCAGGUCAUGGUGCAGGCCACUCCAGAAGUGUUCGUGACGCCACAAGUGCUUCCCUUCAGGGCGGGAGACAACCUCACCCUCACCUGCCAGGGCCGAGGCUCCCCCCAGCUCAGCCUGGCCUGGCGGAGAGGUGACGUGGCACUCACUGAACACGCUGACACACUCACGCCCCAGCGGAGUGCCCUGCGUGUCUUCCAGGCCACGCAGGAAGACGAGGGAACAUACACCUGCACUGCAACCAGCCCAGCAGGCACAGUAUCGGCGACUGCAACGCUGACGUACACUGAGGCUCCAGCAGUGAGGGUGGCUGAGGAGGAGCUGCUGGUGGCUGGCGGAGAGACAGCCAAGCUGCAGUGCCUGGUGACUGGGAUUCCCACGCCUUCCCUGCGCUGGUUCAGGGACGGCUCCACUCCGGUCACGCCGAUGUCCUUCAUCCAGAUGGAGGAAGAUCACCUCAAGAUCUUGGGUGUGCAGGAGAGUGACGGCGGCCGCUACACCUGCCAGGCCAUCAACGUGGCCGGCACCGCCCAGGCCCAUAUCAUCCUGCGGGUGGGCGCGGCACCCACGGUGAUCCAGGCCCCAGCAGACACUGCCGUUGAGAUUGGUGGCACGGGAGGGUUUUCCUGCUAUGGGGUGGGCACGCCCGAGCCCUCCAUCAUGUGGCAGAGGACCGAUGGCAUGCCCCUGCCUCCACGCUUUGCCCAGGAUGCUGACGGUAACCUCAGAGUCAAAGCCGUGCAGAUUGAUGACGAGGGAACGUAUCAGUGCACCAUUGAGAACCAGUACGGAAGGCUUCAGCUCCAGGCCUCACUCUCCAUCACUGGACUGUUGGCACCUCUGAUAGCGUCCCCACCGGUGCCCGGCGUGGAGGUGGCCCAGGGCUCCCCCGUGAGGCUGCCCUGCACCGUGGUCAUGGCCCAGCCUCCGCCCCGGAUCACCUGGCUCUUUGAGGACUCACCCAUCCACCCUGGCACAGAUGGCAGGGUGAUAGAGCCUGACGGGUCGCUGAGCAUUCCAUCGGUGAGGGCGCAGGACGAGGGCAAGUACCAGUGUGUGGCCGCCAACCUGGCCGGCAACGCCUCGCUCACACUCACCCUCUCCGUGCUGGUUCCCCCGAGAGCCAAAGCAAGGAAGGUAGAAGAGACCGUUUUGGCCCUCAGUGGGGACACGGCCAGGCUCAAGUGUCCCGUCAAGGCUGACCCCAGGCCGACCUUCUCCUGGAGCAAGGACGGGGAGUCGCUCACUGCAAAGUCUCACAGGGUGCAUGUGAUGAAGAAUGGCAACCUGGUAGUGAGGCAGCUGGAGGUGGGUGAUUCAGGCACCUACGUCUGCACGGCCAGAAACGCUGCCGGCACAACCAACAUCCCUGUGCUCCUGCAAGUCAACGAGAGGCCUGAAAUUUUCCCUCCUGGCGAUGAAACCCUGACUGUACUUGCCGGCCAGGACCUCAAGCUGCCGUGCGAGGUUCAAGGUCACCCGCAGCCCCACGUCACCUGGAGGAAGAACGGUGAAGACGUGGAGGAAACAGUCAACCUUCAGCCAGGCCCCGGCUACCUGCUGAUGAACAGUGUGACGCCCGCCAUGGCUGCCGUCUACACCUGCACCGCUCACAACGCUGUCGGGGAGGCCACAAAAACCAUCACGGUGAACGUCAACUAUGCUCCCGCGCUGGAGGAGGUGGCGGCGCAGCGGCCCGACACACGAGUGGUUGAAGGGGAGCAGCUGUCCCUCCCCUGCCACGCCGAGGCCCACCCAGCGCCAAGCAAAGCCUGGACCAAGGACGGGACAAGACUCCUUCCCACGCCAGAUCUUAGCAUAAGCAGUGCCGGCACAGUUGAGGUGAGCCGUGCGGCGCCGAAACACUCGGGCAGCUACAGGUGCACCCUCACAAACUUUGUUGGAGAAGCCCACAUUGACUAUGAGGUGGAGGUGCUCAUUCCUCCUCGGGCCUUAACACAGAACUGGCAUGACACCACCAUGGUGAUCGAAGGAGAGGAAGUAACAAUCAGGUGUCCCGUAGAUGCUGUUCCCGGCCCCACCAUUACCUGGCUCAAGGACGGCGUGUCCCUGCAGUCCAGCAAGGACCGGGCAGACCUCACCCACCUCAUUAUUGAGGAGAAUGGCCAUGUGCUGCACAUCUUGGAGGUCUCUGUUGGUGACAAUGGCACGUACCAGUGUGUGGCCAAGAAUGACGCCGGUGAGACAGAGCUGUCCUUCGCCCUGGAGGUGCUGGUGGCCCCGGGGUUCAGUCAGUUCUUCCACGUUCCUGAGAUAGAGCUGGAGCUGGGCGAGGAGCUUCACCUUGACUGCAGCGCCACGGGGAACCCAAGGCCACAGGUAUUUUGGUAUCAUGACGGCUCUCCUCUUGCGGCCCACGUGAGUGAUGGAGGAAGUCAGAUCACAGUGCAGUCUGUCGGGCCCGAGCACUCCGGCCUCUACACCUGCACGGCCUCCAACUCAGCCGGAAACAACCAGAGGAACUUCUCGGUUACAGUUUUGACUCCACCAAUGUUUGAGGAUGAGCUGAGCCUUGAGAGACCUGUAAGUGCCGUGAGUGGCGGCGACACUGAGCUGGAGUGUCGUGUGUCUGGCUCGCCUGCCCCGGCCGUGUCCUGGAGGAAAGAUGGGCUGCCUCUCUCACACUGGUCAGGCGUGCAGUACGACACUUCAGCCAGUGGACAAGUUCUGCGGCUGCACCAGGUUGACGGCCACUACUCCGGCGUGUAUGAGUGCACCGCCAUCAACAGCCUGGGGAUGAAGCACAAGCACUUCAACGUCUCCGUCCUCACACCACCGUCAAUCAGAAGGCGGCCUGAUGAAGACAGUGACGUAGUGGAUGCCGUCAGCGUGGUCACCGGCCAAGAACUCGUCCUGCAUUGUACAGUAGAAGGCAACCCACAGCCCAGCAUUACGUGGCUAAGGAAGGGGAGGGUACUGCCAUCCUCUGAGCCUUCCCAUCGCCUGGUGCUCUCAGAUAUACAAGAGGAGGACAGUGGGGACUACACCUGUUUGGCAAGCAACUCCGUCGGCAGUACAGAGAAGCAGUUUGACGUGAAGGUGAUAGUCCCGGCAAGAAUCACCAACCCGAGGAAGGCCGUGGACAAGGGGGGCGGCCCGGCUCACCAGGAGGUGCUGGUGGAUGCGCCCUUCUCCCUGCAUUGUCCGGCUGUUGGUUCACCCGUGCCGGAGAUCACCUGGAGUAAGGACGGCACUCUGCUGGAUGCACUCCCGGACCAAGGUCUUGGCGGCCGCGUCAGCCUGGGGAAGAACGGCCAACUCCUGCUGGUUUCGGGCGCCGCCGUGGAAGACUCCGGGACCUACACGUGCAGCGCCCACAACACCGGCGGCUCAGACUCUGCCUCCUACCCCAUCACUGUCCUGGCUCCUCCCAACAUACUGGAGGAGGAUGAAACUGUCCACGGCUACCUUGAGGGAGAGGUGCUGUCCCUGCCCUGCACUGUGGAGGGCACGCGGCCGCUGAGUGUUGUGUGGCUGCUGGACGGUGUGGAGAUCCAGGACUUGAAGCUGCCAGGCAUGACCAUUGAAGAGGACUUUGAGCUCAGGGAAAACAACAUUACACAAGUUAAGUCAGUUGUCAGGAUUGCCAAGGUGGGUGAGGUCCACAGCGGCACCUUCACCUGCAUCGCCAGUAACGCUGCUGGGGCGGACGAGUCACUGCACGAUGUGGAUGUAACAACGCCGCCGAGGCUGGAAGGUGACACAGCCAACACCAACAUUGUGGUCAAAGUUAACAGACCGGUCACACUCACCUGCCAGGCAAAGUCCAACCCAGAGCCACAGAUUUCCUGGUUCAAGGACUCUAUGCCACUGGAGGAGAGCGACCCCAACGUCCAUCUGAGUCCCGACGGCAGGAUACUGAAGCUGCUGCAGGUCAGGGAGAGGGACGCCGGCAACUACACGUGUCUGGCCAUCAAUGAGGCCGGCGCCGUGUCUGCUGACUACGCUCUGCAAGUUCACGUGGCGCCUCACCUCGAAGAAGAAGUGAAGGAGGACGUGCAUGUCAAGGCUGGGGAGGAUGUGGAGCUGUUCUGCCCCGUGUACGCGUCGCCUCCGCCCGCAGUGUUGUGGAUGAAGGAAUCGAGCAUACUGCAAGAGGCGUUUACUGCUGUAGAUCCUCGGAGGCUGAUUCUGCACAAUGUCAGCAAGGACGAGGCAGGUCGGUACAGCUGCCUUGCCACCAACGAAGCCGGCACGCUGGAGCAGGACUUCACCCUCCAUGUCAUGACGGCCCCUCAGCUGGCAGACCUGGACAAGCCCGUGGUGGAGAAGUCUGUGGCCGUGAACCGCUCAGUCGUCAUCAGCUGCUACGUUGUGGCCGAGCCGCCGCCGGCAAUCCUGUGGCUCAAGGAUGGUGAGCCACUCCUUCCAAGUCCUGGUGGGAGUGCAAACCUUGACCACCACGACCGCCACCUGAGGCUGCUGCGGGCCCAGCCGGGCGACAGCGGCAACUACACCUGCCAGGCCACCAACCCCGCCGGCACCACCACCCUCACCACCCUGCUGGCCGUCCUCACGCCCCCAGCCUGGAACCCGAGGAAUGACAUGGAGAGGGAGGUCUUGGCUCUGGAAGGGGAGGACCUGGAGCUGGAGUGUGAUGUGACGGGCAGCCCCACGCCCUCUGUCCUGUGGCUCAAAGAUGGACAGGUGAUCAGCCCAGACCUCAGCCAGCUAGAUGAGGCAGACAGUGCCAGGGACAGUGCCAGCCUGCUGAGGGUGACACAUCUUGGGGAGGGGGACAGCAGCCAGUACGUGUGUGUGGCCACCAACGCCGCCGGCACCACCAAGCACGAGUUCCAGGUGACGGUGCUGUCCCCGCCCUUCCUCACCUACCAGCCUCUGACCAACCACACAGUGUUUCUGAACCAUCCUGUGUCUCUCGAGUGUCCUGUUGACGGCCACCCAAAGCCUGACAUCCAGUGGCAGAUCAACGGCCUCCCUGUGCUGGCCUCGGGGAAGUACAUGCAGCUCUCAUCCACAAAGGCACAGCUGCACAUCCUCAGAGUGCUGAGUUCAAUGGAGGGCCAAGUGUCCUGUGUGGCCACCAACACUGUGGGCGACCUGAUGACCAACCACACGCUGAACGUCCUGACGCCGCCGACCAUCACCGCCUCGCCCACCUCAGGGAAGGUCAAGGUGCAGGAGGGGAGGGACCUCUUACUCUCCUGCCACACCAAUGGAAAGCCACAGCCACAGGUGGUGUGGCUGGUGGGGGAGGACUGGAUGCUGAGUGAGAGUGAGCUGCUGGCCCUGGAUCUGGAGCUCCGUGACGCCAACCAGACGCUCAUGAUUGCAGGCGCCGCUGAGAAGCAUGAAGGUCACUACACAUGCGUCGUCUCCAACCCUGCCGGCUCUGCUGAGGAAACGUUCUUUGUGCAGGUCUUAGUUCCUCCGGUGAUUGAGCAGCCAGAGGGCGGCACAAGUCUGAGGGUGUUGCAGAGCUCGUCGGCCACACUGUCCUGCUUCGUGGAGGCGCGACCCAGGGCUGCCAUCACCUGGUCCAAGGACGGAGUGGAGGUCGAUGGGAGGCAGGAUCCGUUCGUCCACAUCACAGGGGGCGGAGAGCUGCUGAAAAUCCUGCGAACCUUCCCGUCCCACACCGCCAACUACACCUGCAAGGCCGUCAAUGAGGCCGGGGAAGACUCGGUCACCUUCGACUUGGAGGUUAUGGUGCCACCAGUGAUCAUUGAGGACCUCGUGGAGAACACCAUUGGAGGAGGCGUGGGCGGGGACACUGUCGGCGUGGUCAACCGCACAAUGGACCUGGAAUGCUACACCCUCGGAAACCCAACGCCCACCAUCUCCUGGACGAAAGAUGGAGAGGAGGUCAUAGCAGGAGGUCACCUGGAGCUGCUGGAGGAGGGGCAGGUGCUGAGGCUCCACCGUGCCCAGACCAACGACUCGGGUGACUACACUUGCACCGCCACCUCCCCCUCCGGCAGUGCUUUUCGGGACUUCUCGGUUGUCAUUCACGAACCUCCCCACAUUAUUCCACCUCAAGAGAAUAGUGUGGAUGUAGUCAUGAACCAGCCACUGGUGCUGACCUGUGACGCAGAGAGCUCCUUGAUGCCAGCCGUGUCGUGGAUAAGACACGGGCAGCCCAUCACGCCAUUCAUCAACCCAAACUAUCAGGUGAGGUCAGGUGGCCAAGAACUGCACAUCCGGCGAGUGAGGAAGGGUGACGGUGGGGCCUUCAGCUGUGUGGUGGUCAGUGCUGCCGGCCAGGACACACUCACCUAUAAUGUCGUUGUGCAAGUGCCAGCCGUGAUUGAGCGCGCCAACGUCCAGCCCAGGGUCAUCGGCGUGGCGGGGCAGAGUGUGGACCUGGUGUGCCAAGCGUCCGGCAGCCCCAGACCUGAGUUGUCCUGGAGGCACGGCGGCCGGCCAGUCAGCCCCGACGACCCUCGCUAUCAGAUUCUCGAGAGGGGUGAGCGUCUGCAGAUCAAGGGAGUGACACCGGAAGACGAAGGGAAGGUCACGUGCAUCGCCACCAACGCCGCCGGGCAAGACACAGCCAACUUUACGCUAGAAGUCAUGGUGCCUCCACACCUUCCAAGUGAUGCAGAGACGGAGUUGACAGUGAAGGAAGGCGACAGCAUCAUCCUGGAGUGUCCUGUGCAGGCCACCCCAUCUCCGUCAGUGUCGUGGAGCAAAGGAGGCUCAGCCAUCGGUGUGAACGGCAGAGGAAACAUUAUAUCAGAGAGAAACGGGCAGUGGCUGCGGGUGGUGCGCGCCGGCGGCCACAACGCCGGGGUGUACACGUGCAGCGCCGCCAACCUGGCCGGCCUGCUGGACGUGGACCUCUCCCUUGCCGUUCUGGUGCCCCCAGAAAUCACUGAAGGGCCUCCCAGCGGAGUGAGGCAGGGGUCUCUGGAGGGCCUGGAGGAGGUGGAGGUGGUCACCGUGACGGAGGGCGGCCACGCGGUGCUGGAGUGUCACCUGAGGAAGGGUUCGCCGGCCCCCAACAGGACGUGGACGCUUAACCCUGACACGCCUCUUCCCCGCCAUUUCAAGGUGAUGAGUGAUGGGGAGCGGGUCGUGGUGGGCCAGGCUACAGCGGAAGACGAUGGAACAUAUCGCUGCCUGGCCGUCAACCCGGCUGGCCAGGACAUCAAACUGGUGAAGCUUGAAGUGUAUGCUCCGCCUCGCAUCAAUGUGUCUGCCUUGCCGAGCCACAUCACGGUGCAUCAGAAAGGUAGCGUGGAGGCUGCACAUGCCCUGAAGGGUCCACCCCAGAACGCCAGCCUCUCCGCCGCCCUGAACACCACGCAGGGCCAGACCAUCACCCUGCCCUGCCCAGUCACAGGCAAUCCCCCGCCGCGUCGCCUCUGGUACAAGGGCUCCCGGGCGCUGAUGUCGUCACCCAAGUACGUGGUGGGCGUCGGGGGGCGGGACCUGACGCUGGUGGGGGUGGAGCCGAGGGACGCCGGCCUGUACGUGUGUGUGGCGGUCAACCCGGCAGGCGAGGCACAGCUGACCACGGCACUGCAUGUUAUCAGACUGCCGGAGAUAGAGGGACAGACCAAGGAGGGAAUCACAGUGGUGGAGGGAGGAAGCGCAAUACUGGAGUGCAAGGUGCGGCCACAGUACUCUCCGGGACCUUGGACGCAGCGACACCACAACAUCACCUGGACCAAGUCCGGCCAGCAGCUUGAGAGAGGCAUCAGAGGAGCUCGACCAGUGAGGGGCAGAGAGAGAAACUUGGAGCGCUACAGUGUCCAUGAGAACUCCAGUCUCGGCUCCUUCCUGGACGAAGACGCCAGCUCACUCUUCAUCCGGCAGGCAGCCACACACUUAGAGGAGGAGAAUGACACCACCUGGUACACCAUCUCCUCCGACGGCUCCUUCCUCUCGCUGCCGGUGAUCACGGAGCAGGAGGAGGGAAUAUACUCCUGUCAGGUGGCCAAUGAGGCGGGGGUUGCCCACAAGACCUUCAGGCUGGAUGUUCUAGUUCCCCCGGACAUCGAGACGCUUGAGAGGCCGUCCAAGCACUACAGCGUGAUCGUCGGAGAGCCUGUGGUGUUCGAGUGUGACGCCCAUGGUGACCCCCCGCCCGAGGUCAAAUGGUCUCGCAGGAACUCCCCACUGGAGCUGAACCCCCGGCUGCAGACGCUUGAGGACGGACACAUUCUGCUCAUCACUGAAGCCGAGGAAGGUGAUGCUGGAAACUACACUUGCCAGGCAGCCAAUGUUGCCGGCAUGAAGGAGGAAACCUUCUCCCUCCAAGUUCUGGGCCCCCCGCAGGUGUCUGGGCCCCUGAAGAGCACAGUGUCGGUGCCCAGCGGUCAGCUGAUCAGGAUUGAGUGUGACGUGGAGGGCAACCCAAAGCCUGAUUUCAUAUGGACCUUCAAUGGGGACGAGCUGCUCCCUGACGACAACAUCCUCAUGGACGACAACAUUCUUACAAUUGAGCGUGCAAGCCAAGAGCAUGCCGGAAAUUACCAGUGUGAGGCCAUCAACUCCGUGGGCCAGGCAGUGAAGAGCAUCAAGCUGCAGGUGACAGAGUCCCCCAUCAUAGCUGGAGGGACAGAAGAGGAAGUGGUCACCGUGCUGGAGGGGGAGCCGGCAUUCCUACAGUGUCUGGCGUCAGGUUACCCUGAGCCCAGGAUAUCAUGGUAUAAGGAGGAGGAGGGAGAGUGGCUGCCGGAGCAGCUGGAGGUGUCCCAGGGUGAGCAGGACUUGGUGAUCCAGGAGGCUCGGCAGGAGGACGCUGGCCUCUACACCUGCGUGGCGUCCAACUCGGUUGGCAGCAACACCCGGCAGUAUGUGCUUCAGGUUCUAGUGAAGCCGGAACUUGUGGAAGCCGAGGACGAGGUGAAGGCCGUGGCCGGGGACAUUGUGACGCUGCUCUGCUCCUUCUCCGGACACCCCCAGCCGCAGGUGAGCUGGUACUUUGAGGGGGAGCCACUGGGGGAUGUGCUGGCCUCGGGAGCCCUGCGCCUCUCCCCUGUGCACCCCAGCCAGAUGGGCAACUACACGUGCCUGGCUGAGAACGAGGCCGGCCAGGCGAGCCACGGCCUUUACCUCACAGUACACACACCUCCCUCCGUUGAAGUUGAGGAAAAGCGAGUUGUCGUCCUCAACGGAACAGCCGUGACGCUGCCCUGCCGUGUUGAGGGCUUCCCGGCGCCCAGCGUCAGGUGGCUGCGGGGCCACCAGGUGAUCAGCCUCAGCUCAGGAGCCUUUGAGGUGAGAGGUGACGGGUCGCUGCACCUGCCUGCUGUGUCCCCCUCCUUGGCGGACACCUACGUGUGCACCGGCCAGAACCCGGCCGGCCUGGCCUCCGACCACGUCCAGCUGGUGGUGCAAGAGCCUCCGGUGAUAGCGGCCAACGAACAGUCUGAGGUGCAGGUCACGGUGGGUCAGGAGGCCAGCCUUGUGUGCGAGGUGUCUGGUGUUCCCCUCCCCACCCUCACCUGGGCCCGGCCUGACAUGGGCCACACCCCCGUCACCCCAGAGGACCCGCGCAUCAAGGUGUCCGGCCGGCAUCUUGUUAUUUCCAGCGUGGCGCUGGAGGACGCCGGCAGCUACGAGUGCACCGCCCACAACCCGGCCGGCCAUGCCAGCACUCGCUUCCUCCUCACUGUUAACUCCCCUCCGUCAGUCAAGGAAGAAAGGAAUGACUCUGUGUCCCUGAAGCGCGGCGAGGAGCUGAGGCUGAGCUGCACAGUGUCUGGACAUCCCCAGCCUCGUAUCUCUUGGCUGAAGGACGGCCGAGUCCUCGCCAACAAUCCAAGAGUAUUUUUGGAGCCCAGCGGGGAUGUGGUGGUGUCCAGGACCAAGGCCUCGGACUCUGGCAUGUACACUUGCCUGGCCACAAACUCGGUGGGCCGCCUCUACCGGGACGUGGAGGUGGAGGUCCUGGAGCCGCCAAGCUUCAUCACUUUGCCGCGCAGUGUUCUCGUCACUCAGGGCCAGAGGUUUGAGAUGGAGUGUGAGGCCGUUGGUAACCCCGUGCCGUCACUCCAGUGGCUGCUCAAUGGAGUCCAGGUAGAGGGUGUAGCCGCCUCGUUGGGUGGGCGAUCUCACCUGGUCGUGGAACAUGCCUCAAAGAAUGAUGAAGGGACUUACACUUGCUUGGCCAAGAACCAGGCGGGGCACAAGAAAGCCAUUGCUACUGUCCAAGUCAAAGUUCCCCCAGUCAUCAUGUACGGCCCAGAGGAAACCACCGUCCUGGAGCAGCGCGCCGUCACCCUGCUGUGUAUUGCCGAGGGUGACCCCAGCCCGUCCACAACCUGGAUCAAAGAGGGACACUCACUGCGUGCCUCUGAAAGAGUACAACUCUCUCCGAAUGGGUCGCUGGUGAUCAAUGCGUCUCAAGCCUCGGAUUCUGGAGAGUACAAGUGUGUGGUGAGCAAUGACGCUGGAGCAGCCGAGGCCACGGCCCACCUGCUGGUCUUCACCGCCCCCAUCAUCACCACUCCCCCUAUUGCCAAAGUGGUGGAGGUGGGUGGCAUGGUUGUCUUUGACUGCAUCGCUGAAGGCUCCCCGCCACCCAGCAUUCAGUGGAACGUUUCCCCGGGCGACCUACACUCACGGUUCCAAAUGCUGACAAAUGGAUCUCUUCAGUUAAUCGCAGCCCAGGUGGAGGACGAAGGCCAGGUCAUCUGCCAGGCUUACAAUGACUUUGGUGAAGAUCUCGCUAAAGCUGACUUGCAUAUCAAAGUUCCAGGGUCGUGGGGGUCUUGGGGGCCGUGGUCUACCUGCAGUGUGUCCUGUGGCCCCGGGCAGCAGGUCAGGAGGAGAGGGUGUGACUCCCCGCUGCCUCGACACGGUGGCUCGCCGUGCCCCGGGGACGAGACACACACACGGCCCUGCCGCCCCGAGCCCUGUCCUGUCAAUGGCGGCUGGUCACCCUGGGAACCCUGGAGUGAAUGCAGCGUGACCUGCGGCGAGGGACUCCGAGCACGUUCCAGGCACUGCACGGACCCGGUGCCGCUGUACAACGGGAAGCCGUGUGAAGGGAGCGGCACACAGGAGGAGGAGUGCCACCUGAGGGACUGCCCAGUGUCGGGAGGCUGGGGUCCCUGGAGCUCCUGGUCUGAGUGCAGCGUCACCUGUGGCCAGGGGCUGAAGCAGCGCUCCCGCCUCUGUGACUCUCCAGCCCCGGCAGCAGGAGGCGCCCAGUGUCAGGGGGACAACUUGGAGGUGACACCGUGCUCAGCUUCCCCUUGUCUGCUGGAUGGCAACUGGGGAUCCUGGGAGGCCUGGAGUGUGUGCAGCGUGUCGUGUGGCGGCGGAGUAAGGCGGCGACAGCGAGGCUGCCGUGACCCCAAGCCAUCCAACGGUGGACGCUUCUGCCCCGGCUCGGACACCCAGGAGGACUACUGCAACCUUGACAUGUGUCCCGUCAAUGGUGGAUGGUCGUCGUGGUCUCCGUGGGGGCCGUGCACUGCCACCUGUGGCGGCGGCCGGCAGCGCAGGUUCCGUACCUGUGACAGUCCAUCUCCCUCCCAGGGGGGCCGGGCGUGCACCGGCUCAGACACUGACAGCGAGGCCUGCAACAGCCACCAGUGUCCAGUGGCUGGUGGCUGGGGGCCGUGGGGAGAGUGGUCCAGCUGCAGCGAGACCUGUGGCGUGGGCAGCAGAGCGAGGCGCCGCGUGUGUGAUGCCCCGCGCCCGCAGCGAGGAGGAGCAGCAUGCCUUGGGGAAGAGAGGGAAAGUGACGUGUGUGUUGGAGAUGUGUGUCAGAGGCUUCCGGUGGUGGCUCACGGCACUCUCAUGGGAGAGCUGAACGGAGAGGACCUGGGCAUCGUCAGCCUGGUGGCCAACGUCUCCACGCUGGGCAUGCAGCGGAUCGUGGGCGCCAACGUUGGCCCGCUCAUACCAAAACAUGGAGUCUGGCUGACACCACUACUCUCCCUGCUCUCCCCCAUGUACUGGGUGGCAGCGUACGAGGUCAACGGGGCCGCCAACGGCCACACGCUCACUAAAGGUUUCUUCCGGCGAGAAGCUCACGUGGCGUUUGCUACAGGAGAGACGGUUGACAUGACCCACGUGGUGCGAGGUGUGGACGCUGACGGAGCCUUGCAGGUGGACGUUGUGGUCACCGGGGAUGUGCCGUACCUUCCUCCCGGCUCUCCCAUCAGGCUGCAGCCCUACACAGAGGCCUACGUGCAGACUGGCAGUGGCUCCCUCUUUGCCAAGUCCACGCGGGCGUUCUCCCUUGGACAACACCAGCUUCCCUACGCAUGGAACCAGACUAUAUCGUAUGAUGCAGAGCUGGGCAACAUGCCCUACCUGGUGGAGACCUUGCAUGUCAACGGUCUAGGCUCCUCCUACAGUAACAGCAAGUCUGAGCUGAGCAUGCUUGCCUCCGCCUCCAUCACCCCGGGCACGCCCAGCCAGGCCUGCCCCUCCGGCUUCACCCUGGACCCGGCCGGACCCUUCUGCCAGGACAACAACGAGUGCGGCAGCUCCAGCAGCCGCUGCUCCCAUGGCUGCACCAACACAGUAGGAAGCUACGCAUGCACCUGCACCCCUGGCUACACCCUGGGCCCGGACGGCUACACAUGCCAAGACAUGGAUGAAUGCUCAAUGGCCGGGGUGUGUGGGCCUCAGGAGGUGUGCAGGAACACGCCUGGCUCCUACACCUGCACCUACGAGUGUGGCGGCGGCCUCAGGAGGACCUCCUCAGGGACCUCUUGUGAGGACAUCAACGAGUGUGUGGAGCAGCCCGGCGUGUGCGACCAGACGUGCCUCAACCUGAUUGGCGGCUACAGGUGUGACUGUCGCCGAGGCUUCCGGCUCAUUGGUCAGAGUCGCUGUGUUGACAUUGAUGAGUGUUCAAAGUUCCGGUCGCCGUGCAGCCACGGGUGUGAAAACACCGCAGGGUCCUUCAGAUGUACCUGUCCCGAGGGCUACUUUGGCUUGCCAAAUGGUCGUUGUAAAGACAUUGAUGAGUGCAAGAUGUACCAGCACGAGUGCCUGCCCGGGCAGGAGUGCCGGAACACCGAGGGCUCCUACACCUGCCAGACCACCUGCCCGCCUGGCCUCAGACAAGCCAACAACAUCACCUGCACUGAUAUUGAUGAGUGUGAGGAGGAAGUGUCAAGCUGCCACUACACCCAGGUCUGCACCAACACCUGGGGCUCCUACCUGUGUUCCUGCGCCCAAGGCUUCAGGUCAGCCGGCCCCGGCCAGCCUUGUCUAGACGUGAACGAGUGCCUGGCCUCCCCACCGCCCUGCAGCUACCAGUGCCACAACCUGCGAGGGACCUACCAGUGUGUGUGUCCCCCGGGCCAGCAGAGACUGCCAGAUGGGAAGUCAUGCGUUGGGCUCCAGUACGUGCAGGAGCCACGCACGCGCCUGCCUCUCCCCCCCCGUCGCCCCAGACCUGUCUCACCCGGCUACCCGACCUCAGCAUUCCAAGAGAGGCUGCUGCAGAACCUCUACACCCGCAGCAGUUGUCCGGCAGGCUUCAAAUAUGUAAUGGAAGAGUGUAAAGACCUAGACGAGUGUGAGCUGCCUGAACGCUGCCAGCACCAGUGCUACAACACCUACGGCAGCUUCAUGUGCCUGUGUCCCCCUGGCUACCGCCUCAACCAUAACCAGCGCACCUGUGACGACAUUGAUGAGUGCGUGGAGCAGUCCGUCAAGUGUGGCUCAGAAGACCUGUGCUUCAACCUGAGGGGGUCCUACCGCUGCGUGGCCGCACCCUGUCCCCCUGACUACCAGCGGGACCUUGCCACAGGCUCUUGCAUCUUGGACUGCCGGCACGGAGGGUCCACCUGUCCUCCUGGCGUUAAUUACGCCCACAUCUUAGCCUUCAAGACGGCUUCCCUGCCGGCUGGGAUUCAAGCCAACCAGGACCUAGUAAGGCUGAUGGCUUAUGACCAAGUGGGCAACUUAGUUCCACAAACACUUUUCACCAUCAUAGAGAAUGAAACAGGUGUGCGAUUCAGAAUUCGUCUUGAGGCCGGGAAGGGAAUUCUCAGCACGCUGCAGCCCCUUGCGGCAGGCCGGGAGUACAGGAUGAUUGUGGAGGCCGUGUCCUACGACGAGAGGGAACACUUCAUCAAGUACGCCACAAGGUUCAUCAUUUUCCUGCACAUCUCAGAAUACCCAUACUAGGCACCGGCCGACGAAUGGCUCCCUGCAAAACAUCUUAAUGUGGCGGCUGCGUGCAAAUGAUUUUAAUCAUAUGAUUAUAAUCGAUUAUGAUCACAGAAAAAAAUCAGACUAAAAUCAAAAUCCUUUAAUUUUGAAUAUAAUGAGCAUUGUAUGCACUGCAUACAAUGUGCAUUAUAUUCAAAAUUAAAGGAUAAUGUGUUCAUUGUAAUACAAGUGUUCAUCCAAAUAUCAUGUGUUCAUUGUAUGCAUGACUUUAAAAUCCCAGAUAGUUGAAAUUCCGGCACUUUGGGUGACUGGAGAUUUGAGGUCUUAUUCCUGGCUAUCGAGGCAUGACUUGUACAGAACCUGUCCCAGAGGAAAGAAUGUCAGAGAGGUAAAUUUAUUACUAAAGGAUUCUACUGGAACUAUAUUUGUCAUCCUGAUAAUUUUUGUGGGCUUACCCCAAAGAAAGACAUUUUAUGCUCAGUCUGCAUUUGUUACCAAAAAUACUUAUCCCAUUAAUAAUGUUAUUACUAUCGGUAUUUAAAAUUAGUAGUUGGCAGCUUUGGCAUGUGCUCAGGAACAAAACACAACAGAGUGGGUGGCAGACAUCUCCUGACUUGUAAGCAAGCAAGUAAUGGUGUAAGUAAUGACUAUGUCUGCAGCUGCUAGGAAAAAAGAUCCUAUAUGGAUUUCCUUUGAGAGAAUUUCAAAGGGAGAGUUUUAUCGUGCCAAGUGUGAUGCAGGCAUUGUGUGUAAUUGUAAUAACCUUUUCAUACAUAUUCGGUCCAAAUUAUUCCCACAGCAAAAAGAGAAAACAUGUUUACACAUAAACACCAAUAAAUACAUUAUCUAACAGCAAAGUAAAUGUGAAUUACUGAAAAGCACAAAAAAUCAAUUAUAAUAAAAAAAAUUGAAUUUUAAUAAAAAAAAAAUCCUAACCCUGGUAUCUUGUAUUACAAUUCCUAAGUCUUUUUCUUCCUUCACUGUGUCGAUGAUUGUCCCUCCCAUCUUCAUUGUGUGAUAUUUCUUAUCAUUAAAAUCCAUUUCCCAUUUUUUACUCCAUUCAUGUAUUUCAUUUAAAUCUUUCUGCAGUUUAUUACAAUCAUCUCAUCUCAUCUAUUUUUCUAGGCAGUUUGGUGUCAUCUGCAAACAUACUCGCAUAAUUCUUUACUUUUUCUGACAUCAUUUACAUACAGCCGAACCUCGGGUCACCUCUCAUCGCGAACAAAUCAGUUCACGAACAAAUAACGACUUGGGUGACGAAUGGUGUCUCGAGCUACGAACACACAAGCCUGCAACAUCGCGGGGCAAGAAGCCGAGAGUAUCGGCGGGAGAGCGUCAGUUGCUGUGUAGCUUUUGCUAAAUACACGAUAUGAUAGGGGACCCCUUCCAAACAAUAACAGCUCUUCCCUUUCCCUUCCGCACCAAAUUCGACUUAUUAAAGCUUAUGUCACACUGGACCGUUUUCCUCCAGCUAUGUUGGGAGUAGGGGCAACCGGCAACUCCAACUUUUCCAGGUGUGCGCAGGGGCUCAGCUGAUCGCUCAUGCCUCCCAAAAUGGCUGACAGUUGUUUUUCCUAAAACAAAAGCGAAGCGGUGUGACGUCAGUGCAACCCCUCUAUAGCGAGGAGAAACUCUGCGUGUGCUCCUAGCAGCCGACAGAUCACAGGAGUCAAGCCUCACUCUUUGCUAUAGACCGUGUCGUAGCGUUAGCUCCCCAUAAAAUAGUCAAUGUUCUUCUGUAAAUGUGAGAAGUUAGGAGGAAAUUGUAAUGUAUUCAAGUUAUCGGGUUUUGAAUGGUGUUGUUGCUUGUCGGUGUGAGUCUCCUUGCGGUCUCAUUUCCCCCGUAAGGUUAUUCAUUCACAGAUUCUGGUAUUUCUCAUGAGUAAAUCAUUUCUUUGUCUAAUACUGUGAGUCAGCUGGACGCAACAGAUAUCUAGUGUUGUAAAGUGUAUUAUCUUGAGAGUGCGAAACCGCACACUGGUGCCUUCUACUAUGUAUGAUUAUUAUUCAUGAAUUUAGGUAUAUUUUGUACUCAAGAUGUUUAUUGCGUGUCGUCCGCGGUAGGUGGCUGCCAAGGUUCCUCGUGUACCCACCUCAAUACUGACUCGUCCUUCUAGAAUUCAUUCUUUGAUCAGAAAGCAAACAAAUAAAUGUACAUUAUCAUAUC